UUCCCUUCCUUGAGAUUGGUUCUUAGCACCGGGCCCCUCCUCCUCCGGCCACGCCUCUCGCAGCCGCUUUUCCCGCCUCCGCCGGGCCGAGCGGCGGACCCGCUGACAGUUGAGGAUGGCUGGGGCGGAGGGGUCUGCUGGGCGGCAGUCGGAGCUGGAGCCUGUGGUAUCGUUGGUCGACGUACUAGAGGAGGACGAGGAGCUGGAGAAUGAAGCGUGCGCCGUAUUGGGCGGCAGCGACUCCGAGAAGUGCUCCUACUCGCAGGGCUCAGUAAAGAGACAAGCACUCUAUGCCUGUAGUACUUGCACCCCAGAGGGAGAAGAACCAGCAGGAAUUUGCCUCGCUUGCAGUUACGAAUGUCAUGGAAGUCAUAAACUAUUUGAGCUGUACACAAAAAGAAACUUUCGUUGUGAUUGCGGAAACAGCAAGUUUAAAAAUUUGGAAUGCAAAUUAUUUCCUGACAAAGCAAAGAUAAAUUCUGGCAAUAAAUACAAUGACAACUUUUUUGGAUUGUACUGCAUUUGCAAGAGACCUUAUCCUGAUCCUGAAGAUGAGAUUCCGGAUGAGAUGAUCCAGUGUGUAGUCUGUGAAGACUGGUUCCAUGGAAGGCAUCUUGGUGCCAUCCCCCCCGAGAGCGGGGAUUUCCAGGAGAUGGUGUGCCCGGCUUGUAUGAAGCGCUGCCCCUUCUUGUGGGCUUAUGCUGCACAAUUGGCAGUAACCAAAGUAUCUGUGGAGGAUGAUGGGUUGGUGCUGAAUGUUGAUGGAAUAGGUGAUCAGGAAGUCAUCAAACCUGAAAAUGGAGAUCAUCAAGAUAGUACCCUCAAAGAGGAUGUUCCAGAACACGGAAAGGAUGCUGUCACGGAAGUUAAAGCAGAGCAGACUAACGAACCAUGUACCAGCUCUAGUUCUGAGUCUGAUCCCCAGACCGCACUUAAGAAUCAACAUCUCAACACAGAAUCACAGUCUGGCUGCAGACUUCAGGAUCUUAAUGCUAAGCAGUUGAUAAAGAAAGACACUGCCACCUAUUGGCCCCUGAACUGGCGUAGCAAGUUAUGUACCUGCAAAGACUGUAUGAAAAUGUAUGGCGAGCUAGAUGUCCUGUUCCUGACAGAUGAAUAUGACACAGUUCUGGCUUAUGAAAACAAGGGCAAGGUUGACCAGGCAGCUGACAGGAGAGACCCUUUAAUGGACACCCUUAACAGCAUGGACAGAGUCCAGCAAGUGGAGCUUAUUUGUGAAUACAAUGACUUGAAGACUGAACUUAAAGACUAUCUCAAGAGAUUUGCUGAUGAAGGCACGGUGGUUAAGAGAGAGGACAUCCAGCAGUUCUUUGAAGAAUUUCAGUCAAAAAAGAGGAGGAGAGUGGACGGGAUGCAGUACUACUGCAGCUAGAUUGGACGAUGGCACCUGCUCAGCCAGGCCACUGCCAAGGCCACUUACUGUGCCCAGAAUAAAAGAGGCGUUUCUCGCAUCUGGUCCUGUUCCGGCCUCUCCUUGGAGAGGCCUCCCCUCCGGCCUUGAGCUUCCUUUCCUCCUUAACCACGGUCGCCACAGUGUGUAUGCCGAUUUCACAACCAGCGCCCUCUGACUCCGCUAAAUGCAGCCCAUUCCACAGACUGCCGGCCCGCCACCCGACUACCAGAUAACCCCCAGGUUAUUCGCUUAGAAGUUUUAAGAAGUUCGAUUUGGUUUUGAGACAGUAAACUAGUGUUUUGUGUUUUUUUUCCUAAUGAUUUGUUCUUUAACUCCUGAACGUGUCUACCCUGCCACAGAGCUGUUGUCUCCCGGGACCCUCGCGGUGGGGGGGCACGGCGGGAGCGUCCUUCCUGUCUGCCACAACCCCUCUAGGUCCCUCACCCCUCCGAUCGUGGUGCCUUGGGUCAGUGCUUCCUCAGGCCCGGUCUGCCUCUUCUCCCACAUCCCUGCUUUCGCAAGCGUGGUCACGGCUUAGAGGGUGUCUCAAAACUCGCCUCCUCUGGGCCCGACCUCCAGCGGAGUCAGGGCUGAUGGUUUUCUGGGCUGGACGUCUGUCACGGGCGGGGAGAUUGGCCGAUGGCAGGACUGAGGAAGCCAACCUUUGUUAUGAUUUUUACUAAUAAAGUGAAAACUUCAUUCACAAUUCCACUGGCACUAGAUAUUCGAAUUUCAGUACUGUAGUGCUCACAGGGCUUCCUGGAGAAAAUUCGCCAGUGUACUAGUCCCUCUUCUGCUGCCUAGAAAAUAGACCGGGUACUACCCUGUGAAAUCUUAGUGGUUUACAAAGUCCUCUGGAUUUCUUUAUCUUAUCAGGGAUAUUCAUAAGCAUAUAUUAAAAACAGACCUAUUUUGAUAUUGUUCUGUUAUGAAAAUGUUAUGAGAACCCCAAUAAAUUAUUAAUUUCCCCCUUAAAUCUGUGCUGAAAGAAAAAAAAAUACUGGUUUAGCUUACUUCUAGCGAGCAGGGCAGGGAGUGCCCUCUUUUGGAAGAGGCAGAGGGUAUGUGAGAGACUCCAAACAGGGCCCCAGGCUGCAUGAAUGGUGAGCUUUAUGUAAAUAAAUGUUAAUGUCCACGGCUGGUUCUCUGAUGACCAUGAGACCCGCUUUUGAAGAACCUUGUGGAAUGUUGUAUUUUAAGGGGAAGUCCUUUCAGUUGGUAUGAAGUCUCUUUACAGCCCUCAGUCUAUGGGGAAAACACCUUUGAUAAAUGCAGAGUCCUCAGUUGCUGUCCCUCUGGAGCAACACGGUCUCUCCGGACAAUAGAGGACCUGCUUCAAGGUAUGUGACCCUAAGCGUCAGAGCCUUUGGGGCCACGAGUGUAUGUUGAUUUUCCUUCGUGUGUCCAGCAGUCGCAUGUACCCGUCCUGGGGUGAGAUGAACCCGGCCUCCAGGACAUCAGGGCCUCAAAGAAAUGGUCCAACCGUGGUUUUCUGCAUCAAGCCUCCUAAGUACAGAUCCCCAUGGAGAGUGAUGUGUGGAGCUAGAAGGCCUUCCGGCCACAGGAGGUGCUCGUGUGCCCUGAGCCGGCCUUGCAGGAGGGCUGGGUUGAAAAGCUCGGGGCAUCUUUGAGGCUGGUUACGAUCCCCAGCCUGGGAACCCUUUUCCAAGUCUGAGGAUUUCUGAGCGCCCUCUGCAAGGUUGCGCUAGUGUGCUUGUUGUGGUCCGAAAGUUUCUAUCUUCUCAAACGUUUGCUUUAACUGCCAGGGAGUUCCUUGCUCCGAUGACAGGUCAGGACCAGGUCUCGGAGGUGACGCGUUACUGCGCAGCACGAUAAUACGCAUCACCCGGGGCUGAGGGGCUCGUUUAGAAAGGUACUGCUCCUCCUUUGACAUUAACCAGAAAACCUCUUUUUUUUUUAAUCUGUGUUCACGACUAGUUUUCUUAUUGACCGUGAUGGACUGUCUCUUCUUGUAGAGACUGAUUUUGGCCAAAAUGUGGCAGUUGAUAUCAAUGCAUGUUUUAUGCCGAACGAGAAUACGAUAUUAGUUGCUUUUAAGGAAUUCUGGCAUCGUACGUGCAUUUUUGUAGACUUGUUACUGGACUUACAGUUACAUACUUCGAUCAGGUUUCUGUAAAAUUUAAAUAAAAUCAGUUCCAACAAAA